GCUCCAGUACCAACACCAACACACGUUGUUAUUAUUUAUGAUUUAAAUAUCUACAAAACACAGAUAUGCCAAUACGGUGUGCUUCUAUUGACCACAUUACUUUUAAAUAAUAUCAGUACCUUAUUUAAUGGACUACAACGUGGCUGCGAAUCUGAAACGUUUAAUUAAUUUAAAUCACAUUUAAAUAGUGUUAGUAUAUUUUAAAAAGAUAUUAAAUAAAUUUGUGUUUGUUUACAAAUGUGAUAAUUGAUGAGCAUAUUUCGUUAAAGCGUCAAUUAAAUUGUGAACAAGUGUUUUGCGUGCCAAACUGAACGAGUGAAAUCAAAGAAACAAAUAAACAAAACAAACACAUUUGUCAGACAGCCAAUUAGCGCGCUCACCACAAUGGCCGAAGAUCCAGUGAAUCAACAACAAUUUGCCGAAGAUGUUGCAGCACUUGACGCUGGCUCUGGCGAUCCCUAUGGUAAUCUCGGCGAUCCUAAUGGCGAUUUUAAGAUGCCCAGUGUGGAUGAGGUUUGGAAGUUAAUCGAACAAAUGGACGGUAUAAGCGAUGAGGAGAAAGCCAAUCUAAAGGAGAAUCUUUAUAAUCCACAAGAAGGCAGCGCCGAGGAUUUUAUGCGUCGCUACGCACAACCUGGUCCCGUACACAGUUCUUGGGAUUAUGCCAUAUUCUUUGCAAUGAUUGCGAUUAUUGUGCUUCUAUUUGCGCUCUUCGGCUACAAACUGUACAAGUCGCUGAUGGAGAAGGAACUGAAGAAGAAGGAGAAAUUGAAAACCAAACAAGCCAAAAAGUCAAAAAAGACAAAUUAAAGUAGACAAUUCAAAUUUAAUUCAAAUAUAAUAUUUACACAGAAACUACGAAUAUAAAACAUUCUAAAGGGGAAUACGCCAAGUUUUUUCUCCUUAAAAACACUGUUAAUUAAAUAUUAAAAUAUUCAAAUUUAAAGUAAAAAAA